AUGGAAAAGGAGCAGAAAAGCAUAUGCUGGCGACCGAAAAAUGCGCUCAUUGAAUGCAUAGUUGGAACCAAGUGUUUCGAGGAGAAGGGCAAUGUAGAGGACUGCGUUGCGACAAAUGAGUGCUUCCUGGAGCGGCGCAACUGGACGCUGUGCAAGGUGAAUGCUGUCAACCCUCGAUAUCGCCUUCGCGGCAACCCGUACGACGUGGCAACGGAGGACCAGAAGAAGAUUGAGGCGCGUGACGAGCGCAUCAAACGGAGGGAGUUGGAAGAGGAGGGUGUCUUUGCCAAAUAG